UGGCACAGGCCUGGAAUCCCAGCCCUGGGAGGCUGAGUCGGGAGGAGGAUCCCUGUGAGUUCGAAGCCAGCAUAAGGGAUGACCCUGAUGACCCUGUUCAAUUCCUCCUGUGCCCCAGAAGACAGGAUAUGCAAAGGCAAUGGGACAACCACGGCCAGCCCCCGGCUGGUGCCUCUGGUGGUGGUGCUGAGCAGUGUGUCACUGGUCACCGUGGUGCUCAACCUGUUGGUGCUGUAUGCUGUGCGCAGCGAGCGGAAGCUGCACACUGUGGGCAACCUGUACAUCGUCAGCCUCUCCGUGGCCGAUCUGAUUGUGGGUGCCGUGGUCAUGCCCAUGAGCAUCCUUUACCUCCACAUGUCCGUGUGGACCCUAGGCCGGCCGCUCUGCCUCUUCUGGCUCUCCAUGGACUAUGUGGCCAGCACAGCGUCCAUCUUCAGCGUCUUCAUCCUGUGCAUUGAUCGCUACCGCUCAGUCCAGCAGCCUCUCAGGUACUUGAGGUACCGAACCAAGACACGUGCAUCGGCCACUAUCCUGGGGGCUUGGCUUCUCUCCUUCCUGUGGGUGAUUCCCAUCCUGGGCUGGCACUUCAUGGCCCCGACGUCGGGGCCCUGGGAGAACAAGUGUGAGACGGACUUCUACGAUGUCACCUGGUUCAAGAUCAUGACCGCCAUCAUCAACUUCUACCUGCCCACCCUGCUCAUGCUCUGGUUCUACUUCAGGAUCUACAAGGCCGUGCGGCGACACUGUCAGCACCGCCAGCUUAUCAACGGGUCCCUCCCUUCCUUCUCAGAGAUGAAACUGAGACCAGAAAGCACCAAGGUGGACACAGGGAAGUCGGGAAAGGAGUCGCUCUGGGAGGAUCUGAAAAGGCGGUCGAAAGAUGUCAGUGGGGCGCCCGCCCCGAUGCCAUCGACUGGAGCCCCCAUGGUGACCACAUCCAAGAUUGUCUUUAGCCAAAAGGAGGGUGGAGAGGCAGGCACUCUGCAGAUGCCCAUGGUGGCAGUGGGAGGUGGCAGGUGCUAUGAAGCUCUGGACCACAGGCAGAGCCAGCUUGGGCCUGGUGAGCAGAGCCAGGUCGCAUGUGACAUCAGAGCCAUGCCGGAGGAUCGGAUGUUGGUGGACAGGCAGUCCUUCUCCAGGACCACAGACUCUGACAUCAGUCUUGAGGUGGCACCGGGUGGCAGGCAGCUGUGCAGUGGGUCCAGCACAGGCCUGGACUACAUCAAGUUCACAUGGAGGAGGCUGCGCUCACACUCCCAGCAGUAUGCAUCUGGGCUGCACCUGAGCCGGGAGCGGAAGGCAGCCAAGCAGCUGGGGUGCAUCAUGGCAGCCUUCAUCCUCUGCUGGAUCCCCUACUUUGUGUUCUUCAUGGUCAUUGCCUUCUGCAAGAGCUGCUGCAGCGAGCCUGUGCACAUGUUCACCAUCUGGCUGGGCUACCUCAACUCCACGCUGAACCCGCUCAUCUACCCGCUGUGCAACGAGAACUUCAGGAAGACCUUCAAGAGAAUCUUGCGCAUCCCUCCCUGAGGGCUGGGCAAGGGAUGCGGCCAGGAACUGUGGCUCUGUGUUGGCUCCAAGGAGGCAGAGGGUGGGAGCCUGUGUCUUGCAGGUACCUGGGCUUCCUGCAGUGGAGGCCACAGUGUUGGUUAGGGGCUGAGUGGUGAAAAGGUCUCAGCAGGUGGUGCUUGAAGAAGAGCAGGUGGCGGUGAGCAGCAAAAAGACUGCACUGGGAGCAGUGGGGGGGGAACCACAAAAGCCCAGUGGGCACCUCUCUCCAGAACCCAUGCUGGGGCCGCCCGAGCUUCUACCUUACCCUUUCUCACCCACACGUGGCUUAGAGUUGGCAGGAAAUUAUGCAGCAUGCAUGUCCGUGUUUUCUACCCCAACUUCCUUUGGGUUCUUCAGUACCUGGGGACAAAAGCUGCCUUCAAAAGAGAGAGACAGGAAGCAAUUUGAAGGGCUGCAUGUUCAAAGCAAAGGGCCAAGGCGAGAACAGCCGAUGUCCCAAGGGCUGGACCAGGCAUAUGGCAUUGGCUCUCACCACACCACGAGAGGAGGGUGGCACGUGAGUUCCAGCUCAUGCAGGAGCAGAGUGAGGUUCGGCCAUGUGUCACUGGGAGCUGAAGGUCAAAGGUCGCAGAGGUAGCUGUACAAGGAAGUCAGGGCGAAAACCCACCGGGGUUUCAGCUUGUCCUAACACAUUUUCUCCAAAAGGCAAAAAUGUGUCAUAUUACAAGCCCACACCUACACACAAGAUUCCCAAGAGUGGUGACAAUUCCCCAAAUGACAUGUAAGGAAGAAGAGCAGCUGCCUCAGAGCAAAUCUCCAGCCACAGAGGGAGACUCCUGGAAGGGACAGUGGACAGUUUCAUCUGCAAGUCAAGAGGUCUUCGUGUUCUUUUAUAGUCUCCUUGUGGAGUCAAAAGUGGCAAAGCCGUGGGGACGUGUAGUUUAUAUGAUGCUUACGUCGCAGUCUGGUUGUGAUAUGUAUUUUAAAACUUAACAUGUAUAGCAAGUGGAAAUGCUUAUCCACGCAGAUCUUCUGUGUCUUGUGUUCCUGUGUGCAUGACCUGUUCACAUGAGAUAUUUUUACUUCCCUAAAAUGUGCUGUUUGAAAGGAUACUGCUCUAUGAUUUGUUCAUUUCUCCCUUUUGGAGUCCCUUGGGCAGAGAAAAUGUACAGGAAGGUGCUGUGGAGCAUGACAAGACUCUAGCAGGGUACUGGUUGCUUUCUGGUCACGUCUGUAAAUGUCUUUCCAAAAGGAUUUUGGAAGAAGAUUCACUCUCCUUCCACUUUGCUUCCUGGAAAGUUCAUGCUCAAAAUCGGGGCACUGCAGAGAUGUUAUUCCUGGUGUCAGAAGCUGCCAUUGCCAGCUGAGAUCAGCGCUUCGGAACCAAAGAAGCCUCAAGGGACCCUCGCUCACAGAUGGGGCCAUGUGCCCAGUGUGGGGAUCCCCCCAGCAACAGGGACAGAAAUGGGAGUGAGCCUGGUUUUGGGUUGGAGUCCUGGAUUUGGGUCUGAAACGAACAAUAAAUAGACACUGUCAGAACCUAAGAACCAAGAUCUGUCCAUUAGUGUGUGCAGUGCCUCUGCUGCUCAGAGUGUCAGGAACAGAGAGGGCUUUCAUACAGAUUUUAACAAUGCACUGAGUCAGAGCCAGACAUGGGGGUGAACACCUACAAUCCCAGCACUCUGGGAGGCUGAGGCAGGAGGAUCUCAAGUUCUAGCUCAGCCUGGAUG